AUGGCUAGUCAAAGACUGCGGCCAAUAAAUUAUACAGUUGUUUACGCUAACACGAAUGACCCUGGAGAUGAAAGAACCAAAACAUUUCAGGCUCGCUACAACGAUAACGGUUUGGAAUUGAACGGUUUGACACCUGGUUUGAUAUACAGUGUUAAAUACAAUGUGGGAUAUCGUCAUAAAACAAGUCCGUACAGUGAACUAGCUUUCAAAUACAUCAACACUCAACCAAAAGUCGAAAUGAUAGUCGGAUUAGGAAUUGGUACCACUAUACUCCUUCUGGCCGGAAUCUUGUUGAUUCGGAAAUGUGUAGUGUGGUAUAAGGAGAUCGACCAGCCUAUUGAUGGAGUUGAAAUCGAUAACAAUAAUGAGGACCAUUUCAAUCCUAAACCUGAAGUCAGGUGCGAUGAUAGUAGUAUUGUAUCACAUCACAGUGACGACGGCAAGUAUUCCACGAUUCCCGGAAACAAAAACGGAUAUGCUUCGGUUGUUGGUAAAUCGAAAUUCCAAAACAAAUUAUACCAAUGUGACAAGUUGGCUAGUUGCAAUGGUUUAGACGAUUUCAACACUUCAUUUCAAAUAAUCAGUUCGGAAGGUUUUGGAAAUUUUGUAUCAGCGAAUAAUGUUAGAAAAGAUGUCGAACAAAAUCCAGAUGUUACGGCUGCUCGAUACAGUAGAGCUGGCACCAUUGAUGAACAUGGUCAGUCCCAACUGGAAUCAGAUGUCGCUCUCAACACAAUAAGUAAUGAAGAACGAUCAGUUGAAGGAGUUCCACGCCUAACAGACAGUAUGUCAAUGAUUGGAUGUAGCCACAUGAGGAACAGUGAUGUUACGUUAGACAGUUAUGAGCUGUCAGUCAUAUUGUUUGGUACAGAGGGAGAAGAGGAAACCGACGGCAUAGAUGAUUUAUAUCAGCGAGAGGUCGAAAUCCCUCCGAAAUCCGUACAGUGCACAGAUAACGAAUCAAGCAGUAAAUUUACAGACGUCUUUGAUGAAGCAGCGCUGCCUGGAACAAAUCAUCAACCGUUAUCUGGUUAUAAGAAAAUUCCCUCCGAAGAAGUGGCUUCGGUAAUAAUACAAGCAGAAAAUCACGAAUCGCCAGCCAUAUUAGAGAUUGAAAAUUUCUGUCUUACUGUAGGAACUGAUAUAGAAGGACAUGUCCCAGAAGUAGAGCCAACACAGAUAAGUACACUGGAUACCCAGUUUUCAGGCAGCCUUUUCCAUCAGGAUGGAUGUCCUGUAGUGUCACCACUUCCAACGCAUGCUGUUGAUCCCUCAGACAGAUGCGUUGGCAGUCCGAAAGCAUUCAAGAACCACUACAAAACACUUCCUUCUCCUAAUAAAACUCUAGAUUCAUAAUCUGUUUGAUAUUCUUCCGUCAUUCUUAAGAUAUGUGACCUUUGGGUAUAUAAUCUCGGUGACCACCAUUAAUAUUUUUGUCCCUUUCCUAUAUUUUGUCUAGAGUUUUAAUAACUAUACACUUAACAAAAAAUUUUUUUCCAUUUCUUGAGGUAAAAUGUUUCAUUUUUCAAGUUUCUGUCAUUAUUCAUAGAUAA